CCUUUUGACGCGCUAUCGCGUCGUCUCAAACCUCACCUAUUUUUACCAAAUCCUCUCCCUCUCCACAAAACCCCACUCGUCUUUUCUCAGUUCCCAGAUUCCUGAAGAGAGAGAGAAACCAGAAAUUCCUGAAGAGAGAGAGACAGAGAGAAAUCUAUCUCCAAAUACUUCGAAAUGCAGCAGAGUUCGGUGCUCUCCCUCUCUCCAAGCCUCAGCAGCUACUCCUCAAACAGAUUUGCAGAAAUCGCUUCCAAAAUCACGGAAACUUCCCCCUCCGAAGCUCGAAAUCCUAGCGCCGACGAUGAUGCUGAUGCGGAAUCUCAUUUCGAUCAGUUCGCAACCGAUCCACCUCCUGAAAGUUCCGAAGCUACCAACGACACCGACGACGACUUCGAGUUCGCCUUCGUCUGCCGCGAUCCCAACGCAUCUCCGAUUUCCGCCGAUGAGAUCUUCUCCAACGGACAGAUCCGCCCGAUCUUCCCGAUCUUCAACCGCAAUCUCCUCUUCUCAGAGUCCAACUCCGACAAGCCGGAGAACGAAGGCCGUUCGAUCCGCCUCCCUCUCCGGAAGCUUCUGAUUGAAGACCGGGACUUUCCUUCCUCAUCAUCCUCGGAAGCUGACGAACUCGAAGGGGUUCCCAACGGAACUUACUGCGUCUGGAGACCCAGGGCCAACGGUGCGGCGGCAGCGUCGUCGCCCGACCUCGGCAAGAAGAGCAAUUCCACCGGUACGUCGAAGAGGUGGAGGUUUCGAGAUCUUCUCCACCGGAGCAACAGCGACGGCAAGGAUACGUUCGUUUUUCUGGCCGCACCGCCGAAGAAAGCGGAGAAAGCGGUGGUUUUGAAGGAGAGGAGGAAUUCCAGCGAGGCGAAGCCCGCCGCAAAGGGGAAAGGGAAGGGGAGUUCCUGCGAGAAGGAAGUUUCAGCUGCCGAGAAGCAUUACGUGAGGAACCGGGCUUUGAAGGAGGGAGAUCGACGGAGGUCUUUCCUUCCGUACAGGCAGGAUCUGGUAGGAUUCUUUGCUAACGUGAACGGGCUGAGCAGAAGCUUACACCCCUUCUAGAUUCGCUCCACAUGAAUUUGGAUUUUCGCGGUACUAAUAUUUUCAACGGUAAUUAUCUCCGUGUGAUUCGUUCGCUAGCUUAAAGAACGAUGGGUUAGGGGUUUUUUUUUUUUUAAUAGGGUUUUGAUUUGGGAUUUUUAGUUAGAUUUAGAUAAUAUAUGUAAAUUCCCUAAAUUUAAAUUUCAUUUGUUUGGUUUAUAACGUUAUAUAUGCUGAUGGAAAUGGGAUUUUCGUGUAUAUGUCAAAAGCUUCUGUGUAUGUUCUCUCUCUUGAAAUUGAUAUGCGGAUUGGCGUUUUGUGCA